UUGGUCUCAACUCUCACCCCUCAUUCCACAGCCAUGUUUCUCACUCCUCUUUUUUCUCUCUCUCCUCUCCUUCUCCUCCUCCUCCUCCUCGCUCUCCUCCCCACCACACCCGCCCAAGACCACCUCGGCUUCACUUUCAACAACUUCAAAGCCUCACCAAACCUCGCCCUCGAUGGCAUAGCCGAGUUCAAACCCUCAGGCCUCUUAGCCUUAACCAACGGCACCCGCCAACGAAUGGGCCACGCCUUCUUCCCCACCUCAUUCCCCUUCAAACCCUCCCCGAACGCCACCACUUCAUCCUUCUCCACCUCCUUCAUCUUCUCAACAAUCCCCGAGUACCCCACCCUCUCCGGCCACGGCAUCGUCUUCGUCGUGGCCCCCUCCCCGCGCCUCCCCGGUGCCCUCCCCAGCCAGUGGUUGGGCCUCUUCAAUGCAACCAAUAACGGGAACUCAACCAACCACGUGUUUGCGGUAGAGCUUGAUACUAUAUACAGUAGCGAGUUUGAAGAUUUAAAUGAUAACCAUGUUGGCAUUGACAUUAAUGGGCUGAACUCUGUUGAGUCUCAGGCAGCUGGGUACUAUUCUUCAAAUGGGAGGUUCCAAAAUUUGAGUCUGAUCAGCGGUAAGGCGAUGCAAGUUUGGGUUGAAUACGAUGGGGGAAAGAAGGAAAUUAAUGUUACUAUGGCUCCGGUUCAUUCGCCCAAGCCAAACACGCCGCUAUUGACUCUUUCUAAGGAUCUUUCCCCGUUCUUGAACCAAAAUAUGUACGUUGGGUUCUCUUCCUCUACUGGAUCAGACACAACUUCCCAUUAUAUUUUGGCUUGGAGCUUUCAGAUUAAUGGAUUUGCUGAUGGGUUUGAUUUCUCUCAACUCCCUAAGCUUCCUCGCAUCGGACCCAAGAAAGUUUCUAGGCUUCUGACAAUUGGGUUGCCUUUGAGUUUAGUUUUGGUGUUUGGAGUGCUUUCAGGGGUAGUUUAUUAUGUCAGAAGGAAGAGGAAGUUUGCUGAAGUGCUUGAAGAUUGGGAACUUGACUAUGGGCCUCAUAGGUUCAAGUACAAGGACUUGUAUAUUGCCACCAAAGGAUUUACGGAAAAGGGGCUCUUGGGUAGUGGGGGAUUUGGUAGGGUUUAUAGAGGAAUACUGCCUACUUCAAAAAUUGAGGUUGCAGUGAAGAGGUUAUCACAUGAAUCUGGGCAAGGAAUGAAGGAAUUCGUGGCGGAAAUCGUUAGUAUUGGACGUUUGCGCCACCGUAAUUUAGUACAACUCUUGGGUUAUUGUCGCCGAAGAGGGGAGCUCCUUUUGGUCUAUGACUACAUGCCUAAUGGAAGUCUAGAUAAAUUUCUCUACGACCAGCCGAGUUGUACCCUCAAUUGGCGGCAAAGAUUUCGAGUCAUCAAAGGGGUGGCGUCGGGCCUUUUCUAUUUACAUGAAGAGUGGGAGCAAGUUGUUGUGCAUAGAGAUGUCAAGGCGAGUAAUGUGUUGUUAGAUGGCGAAUUGAAUGGGAGAUUGGGCGAUUUUGGGCUAGCUAGAUUGUCUGAUCAUGGAACCAAUCCACAAAGCACUAAUGUGGCUGGAACACUUGGAUAUCUUGCACCAGAGCACAAUAGAACCGGAAAGGCCACAACAAGCACCGAUGUGUAUGCCUUCGGUGCCUUUUUGCUUGAGGUGGUAUGUGGGAGGAGGCCCAUCGAGCCACGAGCAGCAGCAGAGGACUUAGUUUUGGUGGAUUGGGUGUUUUCCUUUUGGAGGAAGGGGGAAGUUUUGAGAACCAUUGAUCCUAAAUUGGGGAGUGAGUAUGUAGUGGAGGAAGUGGAGUUGGUUUUGAAGCUGGGUUUGAUGUGUUCCCACUCUGAGCCGGCCGCCAGGCCGAAUAUGAGGCAAGUUGUGGAGUAUUUGGAGGGAGAUAUUCCUCUACCAGAGUUGAAACUGAUGCGUAUUUCUGCCACGGGUCUAACGUUUGCUCAGUGCGAAGGGUUUGAUGAUUUUGCACAGUCGUCUUCUAUGGAGAACGCGUUUUCCCACGCGUCUUCUGUCACUGGGUCUGUUCUCUCUGGAGGCAGAUGAUGCUUCUAACUUUAUGGAUGAGUAAUGUAACUGAUGAACUAAAUGGUUUUAUGUUUUUACGCACAAGCUUGUCUUCUCUGUAUAUCUGACCCUUCUACAGCCACCGACCAUAUGGGCAAAUUUAGCUGAUUUUUUAUGAGCCCACUCAUUAUUUUUUUUUUUAAAUUAUUGAAUGCCUCAGAUUUUCUGCGGGGUCCGGAGUGAGACCAGUGUGGUUGUCGGUUCAGAAUUGGUCCCCAUGUGGUCGGUGUCAUAGCUUUUCAGUAUAUCUGUAUAACAAAAUUGCAUGAUACCUUGUGAUCAUAAAAAUCCCUGUUUUUCAGGCGCCUUCCACAUUUGUUUGUUUGCCGAAAUUCUUGCUCAUUACCCCCGAGCAGAGGCAAAAAACACAUGCUGAGGUGGGCAUUUAUUUUGUGGUUGGCUAUGCAACAUCGUUUGAGUUCUGUGGACAGAUUGCUGGUUUGGGGUAUAGUUGCUGAAGUUUCAUGUGUGUUGUGCAAUAGUGGUAAUGUAGAGUCUCACAACCACCUGUUUUUUGAUUGUCCUUACUCUAGUGCUAUCUGGGCAGAUAUGUUGACGAAAAAUCAAGUGUGUAGGUACCCUAUGCAAUGGGAUGACGAGAUGAUUUGGUUUAAUCUGCACUCUAAGGGGAAUUGCCUGAGGAAAAGUGUGCUUAAGCUAUCUCUAUCUGCUGCAGUUUAUGGUAUAGGGAGAGAAGGAAAUGCUCGAAUUUUCCAACAGAGAAGUAUGGACUCUGUUUUUGCUAGUGCUAAAAGCUGUAAUUCCAUUUGAGAUGCUAUGCUGUCUUGGAGGAAUGUGAAAGACAAGCAGGAAAACAGGGCGAUUUGCAGGGAGUGGAACAUUUCCCCAAUGGAUCCUUUAGCUUUGGUUAUUUUGUUUUACAUUGUUAUGUUUGGAAAUUUCUGAGCCUAUUGUUUUGGCUCUGUUUGUCUUUUCUCUGAUUGGGUCUUGCAUGACCUUUUGGAGUGAGUUGUACCUUUUCUAGAUUGUUCUGAGAUUUGUAUGGGCUGAUAAAUGAAAAAGAACCUUUACUGAAAAAAAGCAGAGGCAAAAAUAUGAUUAUAUUGAUAUCUACAGCACAUUGUAAGCC